AGCACAACGACUCUUGAAGGUUUGAAAAAGCAGCAGAAACAGCAACUGGGUAUCUAAGGGAGACUCAGUAUUUUUCAAUUCUGUGUCCAGUGAAGUCAGAAAACAGCCACAAUGAACCUGAGGAAGCUGAAGCUCCCCAACCCAGGACUGGAUGACAGGAUUCCAACUCAUGCACAACUGGAGGUGAUGGAAAAGGAGGAGGCUGGGGACAGGCCCAAAUGGGACAACAAAGCCCAGUAUCUGCUCACCUGUGUGGGCUUCUGUGUGGGACUUGGUAAUGUCUGGAGGUUUCCGUACCUGUGUCAAAGCCAUGGAGGAGGGGCGUUUAUGAUCCCUUUCCUCAUCCUGUUGGUUCUGGAGGGAAUCCCACUGCUGCACCUAGAGUUUGCUAUUGGUCAGCGCCUGAGGAAGGGCAGCGCGGGAGCGUGGAGAUCAAUCAAUCCUUACCUGACAGGAAUUGGUAUUGCAUCCAUGUUUGUCUCGUUUUUGGUGGGCAUGUAUUACAACACCAUCAUGGCCUGGAUCAUGUGGUAUCUCUUCAACUCCUUUCAGAGUCCUCUGCCUUGGAGUCAAUGUCCACUCAAUGCUAACAAAACAGGCUAUGUGGAGGAGUGCACACGAAGCAGCACUGUUGAUUACUUCUGGUAUAGAGAGACUCUCAACACAUCAACAGCUAUUGAUGAGUCUGGGGGUCUCCAGUGGUGGAUAGUGCUCGCCCUGGUAGUCGCCUGGAGUCUGCUCUAUGUCUGCUACAUCCGUGGCAUUGAGACCAGCGGCAAGGCUGUGUACAUCACCUCCACUCUGCCAUAUCUGGUCCUCACCAUCUUUCUCAUCCGAGGACUGACUCUCAAAGGCUCUGUAGAGGGAAUCAAGUUCCUCUUCACACCAGAUGUGAAUGAGUUAAUGAAUCCACAAACCUGGCUGGAUGCAGGGGCUCAGGUUUUCUUCUCCUUCUCCUUGGCUUUUGGAGGUCUCAUCUCCUUCUCCAGUUACAACUCUGUUCACAACAACUGUGAGCAGGACGCUGUUCUCGUCUCCAUCAUCAAUGGCUGCACCUCUGUAUACGCUGCAACCGUUAUCUACUCUAUCAUUGGCUUCAGAGCCAUGGAAAACUUUGACAACUGCAUGUCAGACAACAUCUUGAAGCUGAUAAAUGCCUUCAACUACGCUGAAAACAGCAUCACAGAAAGCAACUACAAUGAGGCUGUGAACUACCUCAACCAGACAAAUCCAGAUGUUUUUCAAGGAUUGGACUUACAAACGUGCGACAUGCAGACUUUCCUCAGUCAGGGAGUGGAGGGAACAGGUUUGGCCUUCAUUGUGUUCACAGAGGCGAUUAUCAACAUGCCCAUUUCCCCUCUUUGGGCUGUCCUUUUCUUCAUCAUGCUCUUCUGUCUUGCUCUCUCCUCAAUGUUUGGGAACAUUGAGGGAGUGGUGGUUCCUUUGCAGGACCUCAGAUUGCUGCCACGAAGUUGGCCUAAAGAGGUUUUCUCUGGCCUGACCUGCUUAGUUUCUUUUGCUCUUGGCCUCAUAUUUGCUCAACGCUCUGGAAACUACUGGCUAGCUCUUUUUGACAACUUUGCAGGCUCAAUACCCCUUCUGGUCAUUGGAUUCUGUGAAAUGUUUGCUGUUGUCUACAUCUAUGGUGUAGAUAGGUUUAACAAGGACAUAGAGUUUAUGAUUGGCCACAAACCCAAUAUUUUCUGGCAAGCGACGUGGAGAGUGAUUAGCCCCCUCAUUAUGAUCGUCAUCUUAGUCUUCUACUUUGUCACCCAAGUCACCAAGAAUCUCACCUAUCUGGUCUGGGACCAGGAGGCGGAGGAAUUUCCCACCCUUGCAGCGCGUGCUUUCCCCUCCUGGAUCUACGUCAUUAUCGUUAUCCUGGCUGGUAUUCCCAGUUUAGUCAUCCCCAUUUUCGCUCUCUUCAAAUUCAUCCAGAGGAAAUGCUGCAAGAAGGAGAAAAAGGCUGACUUCAGCGUGGAAACCAUCUCCGCCAAAAUAAUAAUGGAUGACAAAACAAAGUUUUAA